AUGGCUCAGUACAAGGGUGCCGCCAGUGAGGCGGGCCGCGCCAUGCAUCUAAUGAAGAAGCGGGAGAAGCAGCGGGAGCAAAUGGAGCAGAUGAAGCAGCGCAUCACCGAGGAGAACAUCGUGAAGUCCAACAUCGACAAGAAAUUCUCGGCUCACUAUGACGCGGUAGAGGCUGAGCUCAAGUCCAGCACUGUGGGUCUGGUGACCCUGAACGACAUGAAGGCCAAGCAGGAAGCGCUGGUGAAGGAGCGGGAGAAGCAGCUGGCCAAAAAGGAGCAAUCCAAAGAACUUCAACUAAAGCUAGAGAAACUGCGAGAAAAAGAACGCAAGAAGGAAGAGAAGCGCAAGAUCUCUAGCCUGUCCUUCACCUUGGAUGAGGAUGAGGAGGAAGAGGAAGAUGCGGAUGAGGACAAUCUACAAGGGGAAGGCAGUGUAGACAUGAGCAAGAAGAGGCAUGGCUCCUGCCUUCAGAGAGUCAGCAGUCUGAGUGGAGAAGCAGUCCCUUCAAAGAAGAGAAAAUUGGGAAAGAACCCAGAUGUGGACACAAGCUUUCUUCCUGACCGUGACCGAGAGGAAGAGGAAAAUAGGCUCCGAGAAGAGCUUCGGCAGGAAUGGGAGGCCAAGCAGGAGAAGAUCAAGAGUGAAGAAAUUGAAAUCACGUUUAGUUACUGGGAUGGCUCUGGGCACCGAAGGACCGUGAAGAUGAAGAAGGGGAACACGAUGCAGCAGUUCCUGCAGAAGGCCCUGGAAAUCCUGCGGAAAGACUUUAGUGAGCUGAGGUCAGCGGGAGUGGAGCAGCUCAUGUACAUCAAAGAGGAUCUGAUCAUACCUCACCAUCACAGCUUCUAUGACUUCAUCGUCACCAAAGCCAGAGGGAAGAGUGGCCCACUCUUUAACUUUGACGUCCAUGAUGAUGUUCGGCUGCUCAGUGAUGCCACGGUAGAGAAGGAUGAGUCACAUGCGGGAAAGGUGGUGCUGAGGAGUUGGUAUGAGAAGAACAAGCAUAUUUUCCCAGCCAGCCGCUGGGAGCCCUAUGACCCAGAGAAAAAGUGGGACAAGUACACCAUCCGUUGAGCACCUGUGAAAGACAGCCCGUGAUCUUUGUCACCUCACCUCUCCUCCGUCCCCACCUACCCACCCAUACAUUCUUUCUUUCUUUGUGAGGCCUGACAGAAUUAGCAGCUGACAUCCUUCCUUCAUCCUCUCUCCUUCCCUCCCUCGUUGUGGGGCUUCACCCUUCCCCCUGGUUUUCUACAUGUAUCUGGUCCCCUAGGUCCGCACAUCCCACUGAGAAGCAGACCCUGGGACUGGCACAGACUGGGUGGGACUGUGGCAGAAUUGGUUCCUGGAUUUCUACUCCUAAUUCUACCGUUAUUUACAUGUUUCUCAUCUUAGGAUAAAUAAACUUUUGCAUGGAAAAAAAUAUAUAAUAAAUGCAAAUUAAUUCCAAAACUGUCCUGCUUAAA